AUGAAGAUACUUUGUAUUUUCCUGACCUUUAUCUUGACCGUUUCCUGUGGUCCAGCAGUUUUACAGAGGAAAACAAGAGAAAAAAUAAAAGAAGUUGAAGAAAGAAAAAGACAGUGUUAUCUUGUUCGUGGUGCUUGCAAGACUUCAUGCGGCCAAUGGGAGUACAAAUACACUGACUGCAGUUUGGAGCCCUGCUGUGUUGCACGGGAAUACUCCAAGGGAGUCUCAAGAGUCCUUUCCAAGAAGAAACAAGAUGGUGGAAGAGUAGGUGGACGUGAAUACACCUCUCUCCACGGAUACAUCAGGAAUACACCUUCAGACACAGAAGGGCAUGGAGAACAUCAGCUGAGAGCGUAUCAGAGUACCUGA